AAUUAUUGUACUCGUGGGGUCUGCAACUCGAGGUCAUCAUAUUAUAAAUCCGUGAGGCACGGCUUGAUUGUAGAUAUGUGCAGUUGCAAUCCUGUCUGGUGACUUCAGCAAUCCUCAUUCGUUCUCCUCCAAAGGUCAUCGAAAUCUGCACUUUAUCACUGGUGUGGUAUCAAGGUGCACAUACAAUGUUAUCAUCAACCCUCAGGAAAGUGGCUGCCACCUGCCUUAGGAGUGCAGCCAGAGAAGCACAGCAGGAAAGCAGGGUCUUGUCUGCAAACCAAACUGCACCUGCAACGCGGCUUCCAUAUAGCGAUCAUAGGUCACUUGGAGCUGCCACCUCAAAUGCUGAUGGGCAAAGCACUGAAGCAGAAGGAGCUCAUACAUCUUCUGGCAAAGACAUGCUUGCUGUCUUCACCUGCACCAAAUGCGAUACUCGAUCGGUGAAGCCCUUCAGCAAGCGAGCCUAUGAUCACGGCGUGGUGAUCGUGAAGUGCCCUGGUUGCCAGUCUCACCAUCUGUUAUCAGACCGGCUGGGAUGGUAUGGCGAGAAGCAGAACAUUGAGGAAAUCCUGCGCGAGCGUGGCGAAGAAGUGAUACGACGUGGCCGAGAUGAUGGCACCCUUGAGCUCACCUUGGAGGAGCUGGAAGGCCAGACCAGCAAGUAGCCUAGCCCUGAGGGCAAUCAUAUGGUGACAAAUGGAGCGAGGGAGAUUCUGGAGCGAUGUGUGAUGGAGCUGUCCCUAGAAACAGUGGAUAAUUGCAGUUGCUUGGGAGCUGAAGCCAGAGUCUUUGCAGUGCAAGUGUAUGACAUCCUGAGCUCCUUAGUGUUCAAGUAUCUAAAUCUUAUACCAGAUCUUACGAAGCGAGGAAGCUUUGAGCUGAAAGCUUAACCAGCAAGUAAGCAAUGUUGAUGCCUUCAAGUGUUGUAACAUUGACAGUC